AUGGAGCUGAGAGAAGACCCAACUGCUUCAGCGUCUGCUCGCGAUGCCGAUGAUUAUCCGAAAAUGCCCGAAAUAGCUUUCGAUAAGGAUACAAUUAAUGGAUCCGCAGCAGAAGGAGAAGAAGAAACGCUCACCACUACUUCAUUGACAGUUUCUUUGACUGAUGACAUUCCUACAAGCUCUGAGUCUCCAUUAGAGAAGAAGCAUCUCUCAAGGAAGACCGUGGACACUGUGACGGAAGUUUCUACGGAGAAGUUCAACACGAACUCCUCCUCAUUACACAACACAACAUUGAUAGGCUUGGAUAGCGAUGGUAAUAUGGAGUCAACGACGCAUGAAUCGAAGCCGGAGACGACAGAAUUCGUUAUUACAACCACUACUCAUCCUCCGUACUGCAUACCUUACCGUGACCACCCUACCAUUUCACGCUGCCACAAGAGUUUGAUGGCAAAAUUGUCAACGAUCGCUAAGGAGUUUCCUGAAUCCGUUUCAGUACGCUUCCCUCUUUUCAAUGUUUCAAUCGAAACGUUGGUUGGCCUUUGUGAUGACUUCGGGGAUGCAAAGAAGUGCAUGGACGGAGUGGAACGUCUCUGUCGGCAUCCAUUGCUCGAAUUCUUCAACCAGCAGUUCACUCCGGCCUGUACACUUCUCAGAAUGCGAGACUUCGAUAUAGACUACGCUUGCAUUCAAAGGAAGCUAGUUACAAGGGAUGAUUGCGUUGCCAAGAUAAACGGAACAAUCCAUCCUGAUAACAAAUGCACUGGACAUGAGGGUUUCCUCAGGUAG